AUGUCGGAAAAUCUCGAAUAUUAUCAAAACCAGAUUGUAUUGGCAAGGACCGAAAUAAGGAAUUUGCGACAAAAACUUUCGGCACUUAAGCAUGAACAUACAAAGGAAAUUAAAACCAUAAAAUCCAUGUUGAGCAGUCUUCGGUGUGGAAAUUGCAUUGAGAAAGCCACAACAGUUACUCCCAACCAACAAAGUUUUGAUGAAAGUCCCACAUCCACAAAUAUUACCUAUUCUCCAAUUGGGUAUAUUGAAACAUCUUUUGAGAAUAAACGGGCUGUACCUCGACAACCAUCAGUACUAUACAGUGCUAGAGGAGUAGUUGUCAUAAAUACAGACACAUUUAAUAACCCUGAACAUGCUCUGAGUGGACUUGAAGAAUUUUCUCACAUGUGGAUUAUCUUCCAUUUUCACUCAACAGCCAGUACAAAUGUGCCAGCUAAAGUUUCACCUCCACGCCUUGAUGGCGAGAGGAGAGGAGUAUUCUCAACUAGAUCUCCUCACAGACCAUGCUCUAUUGGUCUUUCACUGGUGAAGAUACAGAGUAUUGAAGGCAACAAAAUAUUUUUCAAUGGAGUUGACAUGAUUAAUAAUACACCAGUUCUGGAUAUAAAACCUUACAUACCUCAAUAUGACUAUCCUAUGCAGACAUAUGAAUCAAUAACAUUAGACCGUCCACCUACAGAGGGCACUAGUGAUGCGUUGGAAAUAAAUAAUUUGCAGCUAAAUGAUGUGCCGGAUAAUGGAAGAUUAAGUCCACGCCUUAUAAACCCCAUUGGCAUAGACACAAGUUCCAUGGAUUCACCAUUUGAUGAAGAAAUUCCUUCACCCCUGAAUCAAGAUACCAUUUCGGCGGCAGUCUCACCACUCAGUGUGGAUCUAUUGGACAGUCGAUCUCCAAUACAGAGGGGCGACCCAGAUGGACAGGAGAGGUUUACACCACCACAGCGAACUCUUAUGAACAUCAGUGAUGGAAUCAGAGUACCAAAUUGGAUUACGAAUCCUCCUUCACAGACAUACAAUGUUCGCUUUACAGAUGAAGCUUUAGACAGAUUAAACAACCUCAUAGGAGAUAGGGCAGAGGGCUUUAAAACAAGUAUAGAAAGUUUAUUAUCUGAAGAUCCGAGGUCUCUAUAUGUGAGGACGAGGUACCCAGACCAUGAAUACAGCUGUGUGCUCGAGGAUUUGUCUAUAAGUUGUGUGUUUGAUGCUAAUACGUCUAUUUGUAUGAUUGUAGCUGUAAGAAACGCUGAUGAUUUACAGAAUUAA